CUGGUAUUAACCGUUGUAGUAGUUGGCCUUGGUUUAUAAAAUAUAUAUUGCAUAUGCGGUCAUUAAUGACAGCAACUUAUGAGAAUGGGAUGUUUGUGUUCAAAGUAUAGGAGAAAUAGAUUAAGGAAACGUCGGGAGAAACAAUUUGAAUCACAGCUAUGGAAACAUAUACUAUCAGGUCCCAUUAAAUUGCAAGAUGGUUCCAUCAUAAUCGAUGCCGAGCAAGACCCGGAUGCAUUGACAGGACAUCUAGCUGAUGUGUGCGAGGACGAAGAUGACUUUAACAGAAUGGAUGACACCUGCUUGGGACACAUGUUUUCAGAUUCGUUUGCUGCAAGGCGGAUAGCUUCUACUGAACCAUUUAAACGUGGUUUGCAUUCUUUUGAAGUAUCGGCCAGAAUCGCUGAAAACAUUCAAGAGCUUUAUGAUUUACGUCAACAUGACGUGUCAAGUUUAGAUCGAGAGCCGAUGCAGAUUUUUAAAGGUUCAAAUGAAGACACGUCUGUUUCCUUACCGGUAUUUCCGCGACGUGUGUUCCAUCGUGGAGAGUCUUCCGUUGAAAGAGCGUAUUUUGAGAGAAUGCAAAUAGCCCACGUUACAAUCUGUAAUGAAUCAAACGGAGAUGAGACUUCGACGCCAGAUACAAGAAAUACAAAUUUACAUACCAGAUAUUCGAUGCAACACUUGGGCAGCAGAAGCGAGACACCAACUGCCAUGUCCGAUUGUGAAGACGCUGAUAUUGUCGAAGGGAUUGAAGAAGACACGAUACAAGAAGAGCCUGAAGAGGAUGAAGUAGCGUUAUAUGAAAUCCACAAUAGAAUAGGCGCAUAUGAAGAAUAUAUAGAUGAAAAUAACAGUGUCAUGGACGAUCUUUAUUUUGCACAUCAUGGCCAUCACAUUGAGUUUGAUUUAAUAUCAGUCUCAGAUUUUGGAAACAACAGUGUUAUAAAUGAACUCAGUGAGUCUCACAUUAUGAUAUCACCAAAACUUUUCGAACAAUUGGCCCAGCUACCAACCAAACAGUAUGAGCUGUCUGAAUUACAUCAAGAAAAUGCAUGCCAAAUAUGUAUGGAGAUAUACCAGAGCGGAGAUAUUCUUAAAACGUUACCGUGUUUCCAUGACUACCAUGAUGCAUGCAUUGACGAAUGGCUUAAGGAAAACAUAACCUGCCCGAUAUGUAGAACCGUGAUUGAGUGUUUGGAAGGAGAUGAUGAACAGACAGAAGAAUACGACUCGUGAUGUCCAUUUAGCUCAGAAAUGGAUGUUGAGCAGAUGCGUGCAGAAUGUAACGGUCUCUACGCUAAGAAUGCUUUACG